AUGCCGCAUGCGACUCUGCCCUCGCCGGGCUUCCAGGCUUUGAUAUUAUGCGGACCAGGUGCUUCCCUUAAUACCUUCACUUCAAGUCCAGAAGACUUUCCCAAGGCCUUGGUGCCAGUCGCGAAUCGGCCCAUGGUGUGGUACUCCAUAGAAUGGUGCAUACGCAUGGGGGUUACAGAUAUCACUCUUGUAACCCCACCCGAGUCUGAAGCUGCCAUAAGCGCGGCUCUUUCGCAAAACCCUCACCUCACCUCUCUCAUAUCGCAUAAGCCCGAUAUACUAGCACCCAAGGACCUGACACUGACUACUGGAACCGCUGAGAUGUUUCGGCUACCUGAGGUACAAGCUGCCAUAACAAGCGACUUCAUAGUACUCCCAUGCGACUUGGUAUGUGAGCUUGAUGGGAGCGAUCUUGUGGAGCAAUGGAUGGUCCAAGAGGCCGGACUAGGCGCCGCGACUGGAGGGUCAGGAAUGCCAAUGGGCUAUGGUGGUGAGAAACAUGGCAGAAGAGGGGGUCUAGGGGUAUGGUAUAACACUAAAGGAGAAGGAAGCAUCAAAGGGGAGGAGACAGACUUCAUAGCAACUGCCCCGCUACCGAAGCCCCUUGUAGCAUCACCGUCAGCAUCUCUCCGGCAAGAUCUCGCGAAUUUAGUCUAUACCCUUCCGACAGAUACCCUCAAAGACAUUAUAGAAGAAAAGAAAUGCCUCCCGAUAAGGCAUGCUCUCGUCAAGAAACACGCCAAAACACGAAUGCUCACGACCUACCGUGACGCCCACAUUUACUUCCUCCCCUUUUGGGUCCUUGAAAUGAUUAAAAACAACGAGAAGUUUGACAGUAUCGCUGAAGACGUUCUCGGCUGGUGGGCUAAAGCGGGAUGGCAAGAUGGUCUAAGUGAGAAGCUCGGUUUGGACAACAUAUUCCACCGUCCCAGCAGCGCUGAUGGAGAAGAAAGCUUCGGCGCCGGCGGCCCGAUUUCUGAACAGGUCGACCUCACGAACCUCAUCAGUACCUGGAUCCCUUCCCAAGACGCCCCUGUCGCUCCGAAAUCUUUUGCAUCCCGCGUCUCUGGCGCCCCUCAGACACUACAAAAGUCCUCAGUAACAAUCCCCCCUAUCCUUGCCUACGUUCAGCCGCAAGACUCCGCUUUGCCCCUGAUCCGCCGUGUAGACACUGCGCACCUACUCCUCAGCAUCUCCCUCCGCCUUGCGAAACUACCCUCGAUUGCGGAGGCAGGUAAGGACGCGUCGCCCUUCGCGCAUAUCGCCAAGAUUGCACACGAAGAGGCAAUCCCGCAGCGAUGCACAGUUGCGCGCGAGACAUGUCUUGUCGCGGAGAACGUCACCGUCGAAGAGAAAUGCAAUGUCAAAGAGAGCGUUAUCGGUGCCGGGUGUAAGAUCGGGUCCGGCGCGCGAUUGAUGCGAUGCUUGCUGAUGGAUGGGGCUGAGGUAGGCGAGAACUGCCAGCUCACGGGGUGUAUCCUCGGACGAAGAUGCAAGGUCGAGGGCGGGCCUGCAAAGGCUGAUGAGAAGACUGUGCUGAAAGAUUGUGAGGUGCAGGACGGGUUUGUAGUAGAAUGGGGGACAGAGAGUAAAGAUGAGAAGUUCAUGCGCUUUGAAGGGUUGAGCGAUGAUGGAGAACUGGAAGGGGGAUUUGAUGACGACGAUGGUUAUGAUGAUGAAGAUGGUGAUGAUAUCGGCCUUUCAUGA